CUUCAGUUGUCAAUAAAGUGCUUUAUAAACCAAGUGGAGCGAAAUGUGUGAGUGUGCUGUGUGCGAGUUUCGGUUAGUAAAGCAUACAUCAUGAAUACACUCCUCAUAUUGGUAUUAACUGCAAUCGUGGUCCAUGGAAUAGAAGGAUCCCAGGACAAAAAGGAUGCAGGUCUUGGAGUAUACGGGGGUAAAACCGUUUCAAUCAAGAAGUUCCCAUACUUGGUCUCGUAUUUAUACGACGGAAUUUACAUAGGAAGCGGUAACAUCGUGUCCAAAUCUUGGAGUCUCACUACUGCACAUUUUAUUUACGGUUUUAACCCCAAGUACCUGACCGUUGUGGCGGGCAGCGAUGAUGGAGCCACCGGCAGUCAGUUCCAAGCCGUCAAGAUCGUGUUUCACCCGUCCUUCGACAGCAAAGAGUUGGACUACAAUUACGCCUGCGUCAAGGUCAAAGGUCACUUUAGGUGGUCCGCCAAGGUCAAGCCUAUUCGUUUGCCGAAGAGCAAUCCUCAACCUGACACCGUCACGAAAGUGGCCAGCUGGGGCUACAUUGAUGAUAAAUCUGGCCGUAUGCCGUUUCCUCUACAUGGGGGCGAGAUGACGUUGCUCUCCCAAGAUGAGUGUUCAAACCGACUUUCUACCUUUAACUACUCUUGGAACGAGAGACUCGGCUGUGCCUUUAAUCAGGGCAAAACAACGCUUUGCUUCGGCGACUUCGGGGCCCCUUUCGUGGCCGAUUCCCUCCUCUACGGGAUGUUCAUCGACGUCCCCGACUACGACCAGUCGUGUUCUUCCGCUUACCCUUACCCGGUCCUCGUGAGUUCCGUAGCUCCGGUGGUGUCUUGGAUACGAUCCGUCGUGUCUCACAACUAGAAGCCUUGCCCAUACAUAACAAACUUUGUAUUGAUAAUGUUAAAUAAAGUCAUUCUGUAAUUA